UAUAUUCAUUUUUUAAACUAAAGUAAAUAUAAGCGUUCGCGAUGAUCAGGAUGCCACUCUGCGAGAGACAAAUUUGUAAUGUUGAUGAUUGUUCACGUGAUUGAUCGCCUUGAUUCUCACUGCACUUACUGUGCCUUACAAUCUCUCUGAUUACCGUAAAUGAAAUAAUACUUUUCCUUUCUGCCAACUUGUCAUCCCUCAUGGUCUACCCUCUCUCUGGUGUUAUGUUCUAUGUGGCCUUUGCAGAAUGUAGCAAUUGCAUGAAGUAGUCAUUCGCUGAUGCUGUUGAAGAUAUGUUAUCAUAAAUUUUCAACGAGAGCACUUCUAUAAGUAAUUUCUUUGCAGAUGAUUGAAAUAACCGUGAAUGACCGAUUGGGCAAGAAAGUGCGUAUCAAGUGUAAUCCUACUGACACGAUCGGGGAUCUGAAGAAGUUGAUCGCUGCUCAGACAGGAACUAGGUACGAGAAGAUUGUUCUCAAGAAGUGGUAUACGAUAUACAAGGAUCACAUCACGCUUCAAGACUAUGAGAUUCACGAGGGGUUCAAUUUCGAGUUAUACUACCAGUAAAUGUGUUAUCUGUGUUUGUACAUAUUUUCUUUCCUUUUCUUUGUGUGCGUUUGAUUGCAAUGUGAGAAGAUCACUUUCCAGCUCAAACGCGAAUUUGUAUUGGGUGGUCUAAUUCAAUCAUUAAAUCUUUCCCAACUGGCACGGUAUUGGCAGUAUCAUGCGGAUAACGUUUUUGGGAUGAGCCAC